GAAUAUGCUUAAUUUCUAAAAUGUGAUGGGUAUAUUUUUUAGGGUUUGAUAAUUUAAAAUUGCUUUGAGAAGUAAAAAAAAAAAAAAAUAUCUGAAACUACCUAAUGCAUAGCAGCAAGUAUAUAAAAGUUUAAUAGUUUCAUUUUCUAUUUUGUUAUUAUAGAAACUAAAAUGUAUUUUAAGAAAAUGAAAAUGGUGAUUGGUUGUGUAUCAAAAAUAGUUUGGGUAUUUUUCCUUGCGAUGUGUUGUUUCCAGGUAGCUGGCAAAUAGACGAAAAAGUUAUUCUUAAAAUCAGAAGUGUGUAAAACGUAAAUGCAAGAACUAGUUACAUCUGUGUUCACGCAAGAUCACACGCAUGAAAUGCCUCCUCUCCCAAUCGAGAAGGAAGGAAGGAAGAAAAAAAAUACCGCGAAAUAUUUUUCCUCAAGAGGAAAACGCGAAUUUUAACUCCAGUCAGAAACUAACCUCCUAUCAGAUCGUCCACGUAGAUAGACGUUCCAGCGGGCAGCCAAGCAUAGAACAGCCCCGCGUAUAGGAAUUGUGAACAUAUUUAUAAUUUUACUUUAUUUCUUUUUGCCUCGCCUGUUUUUUCAAAGAAAUGGUUAAAAGUUUAAUUCCUGAUUGAAAUUACAGUUGAUAUUUAUAGAGAACCUCCGUGUAGAUGCAAGCUUCAUAGAGCGGCUUUUUACGUACAAGAAAUGUACAACUUGAUUUUUUUUUUUUCCUUUGGAUUGAAAUGUUCCAUUGUGGAUGUUACUGAGAGUGACUACUUUGUUGUUUAGAUCUUUUGCUGAUGCUCGUUAAAUGUGAUAGUUAAGAUGUUUAUAUUACAGAUAUUUUCCCCUUUAAGUAAAUUGUAUAAGAGGAUGAUGGUCUAAAUAAGAUUAAGAAAAAGAGACUAACAAGAAACAUCAAAUGAAACGGUACUUCGAAAAUUAACGAUUAUGAAACAUAUUGCAAAAUGCGAAACAGAUGAAAACUAUACACUGACGGAAAUGGCCAACAAGAGGAAUUAUUCUUCCCUCUAUCCUUCAGAGGAACCCCAAGACGAUGAGGAGGAUUAUGAGAAAGCAAUCACAGCCGCAGGAUACGGGUUCUUCCACUACUGGCUGGUUGCGAUCGGAGGGAUUGCCAAUGCCAGUGAUGCAGUGGAGAUCCUCUGUGUGUCCAUCCUUUUACCAGCAGCAGAGUGCGACCUUCAUAUGUCCUCUAGUGACAAGGGCUUGCUCAAUGCUGGGGUGUUUAUGGGUAUGAUGGUUGGAGGAUACAUCUGGGGAAGCUUAGGUGAUAUUUACGGAAGAAAGAAUGUUUUGGUCGUUUCGCUGAUGGUAAACGCCAUUGCGGGAAUUGGGUCUUCUUUCAUGCAAAGUUUCCCGUUAUUCUUCACGAUGCGGUUUAUAUCUGGCUUAGGAGUUGGUGGCAGCAUUCCUCUCGUGUGGGCGUACGUGAGUGAGUUCCAGCCUGCGAGUAAAAGAGGGGGAGCUCUUAGUGUCAUUGCAGCAUUCUGGAUGGUUGGAAAUAUUCUAGUUGCAGUUUUAGCACUGGCUAUAAUUCCCUAUGAUAUUGGGUUUGUCACUCCAACCUUCAGCUUCAAUUCAUGGCGGAUUUUCCUGAUUGUAUGUGCCCUGCCUUCUUUAAUCAUUGGCAUAGUGUUGAUUUUCAUGCCCGAAUCACCUAUGUUUCUGCUGCUGAAGGGAAGACACGAUGAGGCAAUUGGAAUUCUACAGAAAAUCUAUGAGCAAAAUACGUCAAAUCCUUCAAGGAGUUAUCCUGUAAGAAAGGUGACUAUAGCCAACAUUAAAAUCCAGACAGUUUCCUCAGGUAGUGUGUGGAAAAUUCUGAAAGACAUAUGCGUUCAGAGCUGGCGCCAGAGUAAUGCGCUCUUUAGCCGAUCCCUCCUGCGCACCACUUUGCUUAUGCUCUUUAUUAAUUUUGCUAUUCAGUUUGGGUACUAUGGGCUUUGGUUGUGGUUCCCAGAAUUGUUCAAUCGUCUACAGUUAUACUAUAAUGACCAUCCAGGUGAUAAGGUAAGCGUUUGCGACCUGACAGACUUCAAGGGGAAUGAUACAGUGCAAAUGUCGAAUUGCAAUUCAGGGGACGAGAUUGUGGAUCCACAAGCACUUGUAAAUACACUGAUAACAGCUGUGGCACCACUACCAAGCAAUCUCUGGACCAUUUUCUAUAUGGAUAGACUUGGCAGGAAAUUUUUCCUUGUGCUCAGCAUGGUGUUGUCGGGGGGAUCAGCCUUCGGCAUAUACUUCGUAAAAACUGCAACAGAUAACCUCAUUCUCAGCUGUGUUUUCGGUGCAGUUUCAACAAUGGGUUUUAAUGCUCUAGACUGCCUCGGAGCAGAACUUUUCCCGACACAUCUACGAUCAACUGCAUUGGCAGUCACCUUGCUGGCUGCUCGCCUUGGAGCAAUAGCAGGGAAUUUGGUGUUUGGCAGUUUAAUUGAUGUGUAUUGUGCAGUACCAAUGUUUAUGGUUGCAUGCCUUUUGAUUGCUGGAGGUGUUGUGGGUCUUCUGCUUCCAAAUACAACAAGAAUGGCAUUGACGUAAUUCCAGUUGAUGGAAAGUAUCUUCUAAAGAUGAAGAAUUUUUUUUCUUCUCUUUUUUAUGGCUAAAUGUACUAUGAGAAUUUUUAAUUAGAGCAUUUUUGUUCAUCAGAGGUGCAAUUGACCUUCUGAAGUGGGAACUGCUUAAAAUGCACAUUCCAAUACUUAUGUUUUACUUUUUUCUUGCAACAUCACUCAGGUAUUUGAUACUUUGAUACUAUACUUGCAUUUAUAUACAUGUGAAACCCACAGAAUCACAAGCUACUUUCUACCAUAAGUAAUAAGUCAAUAAAAACAUGUCAAACAUCUUUUUACUUCCAAAAUGCCAAAACUUUGAAAGCAUGGCAGAUACCCCCUAGUUUUAUUUUAUAUGUAUAUGAAAACAUUCAUUUGAAGAUACAAACACUUGCAUCUAAAAAGAAAUAUAUAAAUAACUAGACAAUAAAAUUUUAAAACCAAAGUCCAUUAACACGUGUCAUGCGCAGUCAGACCUGUGCAAGUUGUACAUGAAAAAUAGAUGUUUGCUUGUUUGGUUCUGAGUAACUUACGUUUCCCCUAUUUAGAGAGUGAGGUAAGUGUGUGUUUCUUGUGCAUCUAAUUUUUCACUCGAGCUGUUGACUGUGCAAUGUUUAGUGUGUGGCUCAGUAUUGUGUAGGGAAAUCCUAUCGUCAGUGAGUUAACUCUAAUCAGAUGAUGCCCAACAGCAGCAAGUACUCAUCUAAGUAGUCACAUUUUACUUCCCCUCCGCAAAGAUAAACUUUAUAUUGUAUGCCAUACCUUUCACUACUUGGCUUCUGAUUUUAUAAGUAGAUCCACAAAAUAUACAUAAAAAUCAUGAAUCAGCAGAUGGCCAUGAUGUAUAAUUCACUUGUAAGCACAGUCAAAUGAGAAUGUGUAUCUUGACUGAUAGAUAAAGAAUGGUGCACUGCCUUCCGGAACCACUGAAAGGGGAGGGGAGGAAGGGUUGAUGUCACUGGGCUUGGUCCCCAUAACAGCUUAUUCAUAUGACUCCGUCUUUUAUAGUCAGUAACACCAGAAAAUUUAUUUUAGUAAAGUUGGGCAAGUAUAAGUAUUCAUUAUGAAUAGUGUACACUGUGAUAAGUGGAAAAAGAUAUGAAUGAGAAUGAAUAGCUUCAGAGUCCAAGAGAUGUGAUUGGCAGGUUUUGACAAUAUCUUCGUCAGAGAUGCUUAUUUCAUGAAGAUAUGAUUUAAAUGUGUCAUGCAUUCCUUGUACUGUGAAGAUAUUCAUUCUCAUUCAUACCUUUUUUUAAACAAGUAUUCAUUAGUUCAGGUCCAUGCAUGGGUGAUUGAUUUGGCUUGUGGUAGUUCACUCAAGACCUCAUCCUGAUGAUUAGAACAUGAUUUAAUAUAAUAUUACCCAUUACCUUUCAUCUGCCUUACUUAUUAUGACAUGAUAUCACACCAUUUGUAUAUAGUAUUUGUUUUACUUGUAAUAUCUCUUUUUAAAUCUUUCUAAUAAGUAUAUUUUCUCAAGCCAAAUUGUUUUUACAUCACAUUUAGAUUUACAAUGCUGUUUCAAUUAUUUAUAUAUGAAUAUAAGUUUUGAAGAAAGUGACUGAAUCCAUGAGUUACCCAUGGCCUGGCUGUACUGUCAGUGGCCCUCCUGCCCGCCAUUGAUAGUGAUCUAAGGUGACAUAUGACACACUUUGUAAUUGGCCUACCAGUACAACAGUCCAUAUGCUCUAGUUGGAAAGUACAGUGUGGACAUCAUGCAGCUCAUAUAUGCUGCUACUGACACCACAUUAAACAAUGACAGUUUCUUGCACUGUGCAGAGACCAUUAGAUGCAAUUGACUUACUCUACAGAUGAAACAGACUUUGGAAUAUAUAGUAUUAUAUGUUUCCAAGUGUGAUGGAAAGUAUUUUGUGAUUCUUCAUACACUUUAAUUGCUUUCAUAACAAGUACACUUUGCUUGCUCACAUGUAUGAUUACACUUUACUUGCUGUCUCAUACAAAUGCACCAUAACAUCUGAUAGUCUAUAUACUUGCUUGUUAAACCAGAUAUUAAAAAAAUAAAGAAAAAAAUAUUUUUGUGAAACUGAGCAUAUAUUUAUAUUUUACUGUAAGUUGUUUUAUAGAAAUUCUAAGGGACAGACUUUGUAUUAUUUUAUAAAGCCAAAUAUUUUAAAGCAUUUAAGGUUGUAUAAGUCCGUCAUCUCUAAUCCAGCAUGGUGCUGAAGCAUGCCUAGUGAAUGAAAAUACCAAAUCACACAAGGAUUACCUCUAAGCAGUAGAUGGUUGAAGUUUUCAACCCUCAGUGUCUUUCAAAACAAGAAGUUUUUCUUGUAAUUAUAUUGGCUGUGUUAACUGAAUUGCAGGUAGCUAGAUUAGAGGUGGCAGAUGUGUAAUAAAAUGUCACUAAUGUUUGAAGAAGUAAUCUAUAAUUUUUUUAAAGAUUAAAUCCACAUAUAUAUAUUUUACUAGAGACCUCAAAAUACACUUGAGUAUUUAAUGAAUUUGUUAAAUGUACUUAGAAAGUAAUCAGUCAGUGACAUUGAGGUAAUGUUGUGGGAGAUAUAAUUAGGAUGCUAAAGUUCAUAUAUAUCCAUACUGAAUAUGUAUAUAAAUUUGUAUAUGUAUAUGUAUAUAUCUUCUUAUUUUAGUAUGUGAAUUGUGCAAUUAUAAAAUGUAAUGAAC